UUUGAUCUAAUCAGAAGAGGGAACAUAAAAAGUGAGAAAGUCCUUGGCAUGUCGAUUUUACUUGCACCAUCUAAUAUCCCCACCAAAAAGGCAGAAGGGUUCCACAGUUUAAGUUCUUUCCGAUCCAGCUGUGUUUGAUCACUCAUUCUAUUGUCGUCAAACAUGAUAUCUUCUCACUCAUUUUCCACCUUAAAUGUUUGUGGUCACAAUUCUAUAACUCGUUAUUUCCAUAUCCCAAAGUCUAGUAGUAGUUCAUACUUUUUCAGCCUAAGAAAGCAUUCAUUUGAGCAAACAAAGCUCAAAUUCUGCAAUUUGAGCGCUAAAUAUGGAGUCAAAAGGGUUAUGUGCUCAUCUAGCACUGAUCAUCAAGAACCCAAAGCUCCAACUCCUCAAAAAUCUGAUAUGCCCGAUUGGAAAAAAUGGACUGUUGGGAUUGUGUUUUCCAUAAUUCUACCUGCAGUUGGACACAAAAUGGGACCUUUAAUGCUUCUCAAAAGCAAGGUGGAUAUGGUCAUAGAAAAAGUGGACGAAGUGACAGAGGUGGUGGAAGACAUAGCUGAAGCAGCAGUAGAUGUUGUAGAAACAGUAGAGGAGAAGCUUCCUGAAGAUUCAAAGCUCAGGGAUGAGGUUCAUAUGAUCAAGGAUCUAGCUGAAAAAGCCGUUGAUAAAGCAAAACAAGCUGAUGAGCUUCUUGACCAGAUAAAGGAUGUUGAGGAUAAAUUUAUGGAAUCGCUUAAUGGACCUGAACGCAAUGAAGCAGAAAAAGAACCAAGCAACAAAGACGUGGAUCGGUCCGUCAAGGCAUAAUUGUGCAAAGUUGGCUUCACUUAAUGUCGUUUUGGUUCAUUAGUCGUGUCUUCAUUAGUGAGGAUAAAUGGUGAGUAUUUUGUGUUCUAGAUUUUUGAUGGAAUAUAUAGAUUUGUAACUUCGGUUUAAAAUACUCAA